CGCAUAGAUCUGGACUCAUUUUUGUACUUUUGAUAUGAUUCGGAGAUAUGUCGGCUGCCGCCGGCGCGGCAGUAUCUCGGCUGGAGCCACACAGACAAGUAUAUAACCAUCCAUAUACAGCGCGAAGGCUACAAAGCCAUCCUUUAACAGAUUUAUCAACGUUUGUUAGCAUUUGUACGGCUCUCAUCUUAACACACACAAAUAUCAAAAUGGCGCACACAAUACCAGAAGACCCCCACGACGGUGCCGACGACCUGCUAGAGAGGACGGAAACCCGUGAGAGUCUACGAAUUCGAGGCGUAUCCGAGAAUCCCCCUCCACUGGAUGUCAACUAUCCGAAUUUUGGUCGCGAGACAGAGCCUGUCUUCCCUGAGGAGUAUGUGAUCGAGACGAACACCGGUCUCGUCCCCGAGCGAACGCUGGAGCAGAUCCGAUCCCAUACUUCGGUGGCCACCACAAGGAGAGCAUCUAGCGAACGGCGAACUCCAUCUGAUAUCGAAAAGGCGACGACAGCAGAGUUCGUCACAUUCAAAAUCGGCGAUUCGGAGAACCCAUUUAAUUGGGGUCGCUUGUACAAGUGGUACGUGACAAUGGUCGCGUCGAUUCUCGUGGUGUGUGUUGCGUAUGGCUCCGCCAUCACAACCGGAGGCUUGGGUCUUAUUCAAGAGAAAUACAAUGUCUCGCUGGAAGUUGCCAUCCUAACGUGUUCGAUCAUGGUAUGUGGCUUUGCGGUUGGGCCUCUUCUCUGGUCGCCCCUGUCGGAGAUCAUCGGUCGACAACCCGUGUACAUCAUCUCCCUCGCUCUUUACACCAUCUUUAAUAUCCCCUGUGCCCUGUCACCGAACAUCGGCGGCCUCCUUGUCUGCCGGUUCUUAUGUGGUGUCUUCUCGAGCUCGGGACUUUCUCUCGCCGGCGGGACGAUCGCGGAUAUCUGGAACAUCGAGGAGCGUGGGAUGGCCAUCGCUUUCUUCGCGGCAGCUCCUUACUGUGGACCGGUGGUUGGGCCCAUUGUGACGGGUUGGAUCAAUGUUGGCUCCCAUCGCCUCGAUCUUUUCUUUUGGACCAAUAUGGCAUUUUCCGGUGUGGUCAUGAUCCUGAUUGGCAUGAUCCCAGAGACCUAUGCCCCAGUGAUUCUCAAGAGACGUGCUGCCAAGCUUAGGAAGAGCACCGGGAAUAUGAACAUCAUUACCGAGCAGGAGAGGUACAAACUCUCCCUCCGGGACAUUAUUCGUACCAGCUUGAUUCGCCCGAUCACGAUGAUCCUGACUGAACCGGUUUUGGACUUAAUGUGCAUGUACAUUGUGCUGAUCUACGCCAUGCUGUACGCCUUUUUCUUCGCAUACCCGGUAAUCUUUGGAGAACUGUACGGGUUCAACGAUGGUCAGAUCGGUCUGAUGUUCAUCCCUAUUCUGAUCGGUGCUGGUUUUUCUUUGGUCGCUACACCCGCGAUUGAGAAACAGUUCAAAGCGAUCUGCAAGGUCAGGUCCCCGACGCCGGAGGAUCGACUGAUUGGAGCCCUGAUCGGAGCCCCCUUUAUUCCGAUCUCAUGGUUUAUCCUUGGUGCUACCUCCUUUAAGCAUAUCAUCUGGGUGGGGCCCUGUUCCUCCGGCAUUGCCUUUGGAUUUGGCAUGGUCCUUUGCUACUACGCCGUCAACAACUAUAUCAUCGACUCCUACCAGAAGUACGCCGCAUCGGCUCUGGCGGCCAAGGUCUUUCUGCGAUCUGGAGGUGGUGCCGCCUUCCCGCUAUUCACCACUCAGAUGUACCACCGACUCGGUCUCCAGUGGGCGUCUUGGCUGCUUGCAUUUAUUGCUCUGGCUAUGGUUUUGAUCCCAUUCGCUUUCUACGUGUUUGGAGCCCGGAUCAGAGCCAAGCUCACCCGGACCUAAGGCUCCUUCGUUCACUUUAUUGUUGCGGUGGCUUAUGCUAAGCCCUUAUUAUGUGCAUGAUAUUAUCCUAGACUAGAAGGUACCCAUAGAUUCCCAUAGAGUAACUCAUAAUGAUAGUAAUACGAGCGAUUAAAAAUUAUUGAGCUUCACUUCCUAG